UGAAGGGUGCGGCGGCGAGCGCUGUGGCCUCUGGACCAACCCCCCCCCACCGACCCCCUCCACCGGGGCGAUGUCGGCAGCCCACCCGAGGCCGCGGCCCCGCGAGGCCGGGAGCCGCACGGGACACGCAACGCCGCCGCUCUUCGCGCUCAUCAACAGCAUCGGGUUCUUGGAUCUGUUUGGCGUGAGUCUGGUGGUGCCGUUGCUGCAUCACCACCUCACCACGCAGCUGGGGGCCACCCACCUCGUGGCAGGGCUAUUGGGGUCUGUGUACGGAUUCCUCCAGCUCUUCUCCAGCCCUAUUGUGGGCAGAUGGAGCGACGUGCCCGGCUGCCGUCGCCGCUGCCUGGUGCUGUGCCUCUUGUCCUCCGCCGCGGGAUACUUCAUACAAGGCCUGGCAACCAGCCCGGUGGGGAUGUCCGUCGCGAGGGCGGUGUUAGGUGUGUCUAAGCACACGCAGUCUCUGAGCCGGGGGCUACUGUCUGUGACGGCGCCGGGCGAGCGAAGGCCUGUGCUGCUCGGGAGGUUCAACGCCGUGAGCGGCCUGGGCUUCGUCGUGGGCCCGGCGUGCGCGGGGCUCAUCGCCGAGCGGCCAGGGGGGUUCGCCGUCCUCUCCUUCCUGUGCGCGGCGCUGUUUCUCAUCAACGCAGGCAUCGUCUGCCUCUUCCUACCCGACCCCGACCCGGAGACUGGGAAAGGGGUGCAGACCUCGGCUCAAGCCGCCAAACACCUAGCGGAAACCGCGAUGCCGCACGACGUUCCGGCUCGUCGGGACGACGAUCAGGUGCAUGGCACCGAGACGCCUUUGCCUGAUGACGACGACGACGACGAGGAGGAGAACCCGUCGCAGCAGGCGUCCCGCGGGCGGUGCCUGCACGCCGUGCGCUUCCUCAUGUCGUGCGCGUACCUGCUGCACCACGGUGCUUUCACGUCGUGGCUCCGCACGCACCACGACGCGCCUCCCCGUCUCGUGGGGGCGAUCGUCUCGCUCUCGGCGGCCGCCGGCGCCGCUACCUCGUCGCUCGCCCGCGUCUACGACGCCGGCCCCUCCCCGGAGGCGACGCUGCGGGUCACGUGCGCGGCGGCGGCCACCGCCAUGCUGGCGUUGGCGACCGGGGCGGCCGGGCUGCCGGGAGCCGCCGCCUGCGCCGUGGUCCUCUCUGCGUCGAGCGCCGUGGGCCGCGUCGUCCUCACGGAGGGCCAGCUGCGCGUCGCCGGCGUGGGCGGCGCGGGGGCCACCCUCGGGCUGGGCCAGGCCGUGACGUCGGCCGCCAGGGUGCUGGCACCCGCGCUGGGAGGGGCGGCGCAGCACUGCGGGGGGGCGGCCGCCCCCACGGCGCUGGGGGCCGCGUGCGCCCUGGUCGCGAUGGCGGCCACGCCGAGCAGAGCGCCGACACACAAGGCGAAACGCAGCUAGCGGCGGGGGUGCCGCUGUGCUCGCAGGCGUAAAGAAACGGCGCUGUUCCAGGAGCCUGUGCGCAAUUGUUCAUCUAAAGUAAUACGUUUUUGCCAACGAGACAUUUUAUUGCACUAAAUAAGUCGUUUGUUGUUAGUAAUUAACGUACUGAUGAUAUAAUCGAGAUAAUUGUUUUGCACAGACAGCGUCGGUUGAAUGCCAAGUUGAAUAGGUGUGGCGAGGGGCAUGUUAGCCAGAAGCGUUGAAAGAUGAAUCUACCGAAUAUGAAAGGUGCCCAGAUCUGAUCGUGCUGUCCAGGUCGCGACUAUGUACGAUACACAAACGACAAAUGGUCAUCAAGUCCAAGACCUGAUCUAGAGUGAAAGUGCCUAGUUGACGAUUGCGGCGCUGUUUACGAGUGUGGCAAAGGCAAGUCAUGGAGAUUGGAAGUAAUCAGCAACCAAACAUCAUAGCAGGGAGUAAAACUACUACUGAAUUCCAUACUCUUAGGUUUUUCCGGUAAAGUCACGUAGGUAAAAAUAAAUAAUAAAAAUAAAUAAUAAAAACUAAUAGAAAUAAUAGUGGAAAUAAUUAUUUUAUUUCUAUUAUUAUUUAUUACCGGAAAAACCUACGAGUAUGGAAUUCAGUAGUAGUUUUACUCCCUGCUAUGAUGUGUGGUUGCUGAUUUAUUUAGAAAUAAUUAUUUUAAUUCUAUUAUUAUUUCUAUUGCUUUUAUUAUUUAUUUUUACCUACGUGACUUUACCGAAAGAACCUAAGAGUAUGAAUCCUUGCCGUCACGAAAGCUUCAAAUCUACUGAAUUCCAUUUGAUUGGAUCAUGCACAAUGAACAAUGGUGGAAGCAGUAGAUUCAAAGAAGGCUGUGGAUGACAAGAUCAGCCGUGGCACUGCUGAUCGUCAAUUAAUUAAUUAUUAUACGUGCCCAUAUCACCCUCAAAAAAGUAGGCAUGAGGGCACAUUACAACAGAUCGAAAACGAUACAGGGGGCAUGGGGCAACAGAAAUGAGAAAAGAAACACGUCACGACCUCAGUGGCUAACACCGACUGAGCAAAAUAAAUUGCAACCGCGCACAAAUAGUAUACGAAAAGUAGUAAAUAUAAAUAAUAAGUAAAGAAAGCGUUUCCCACCCCCCCCCCCUUCGAUUUUAGAUUUUAUAGGAAGGCAAGUCGGAACUGUUUUAUCUCUUGUGCAAACAUGGUUUAACAAGUAUUCCCGAUCGCACUUUACCGAUGUGAGACCUGGUUCCUUAAUAAAAACAGAC